AUGGAAUUGGUCAUGAAAGAAUUAAAGAUACUAUAUCAUUUAAAGGAGAAUUUGGUAAUUAUUAACAAUUUUAAUUUAGAACCAUGUUGUAAUUUUUAUGAAGGCAAAUAUAUGGAUGAAAAGAAAUAGUUAAAGAUAUAAAAAAAUCUUAUUGUGA